UAGUGAAUGCGGGGUCCGGGUGAGCGGAUAUAGUGAAUGCAGGGUCCGGGGAGAGCGGAUAUAGGGAAUGCCGGGUCCGGGGAGAGCGGAUAUAGGGAAUGCGGGGUCCCGGGAGAGGGGAUAUAGUGAAUGCGGGGGUCCGGGGAGAGCGGAUAUGGUGAAUGCGGGGUCCGGGAGAGCGGAUAUACGGAUACGAUGAAUGCGGGGUCCGGGGAGAGCGGAUAUAGUGAAUGCGGGGUCCGGAGAGAGCGGCUAUAGUGAAUGCGGGGUCCGGAGAGAGCGGAUACGGUGAACGCGGGGUCCGGAGAGAGCGGAUACGGUGA